AUCGCUUCAUGAGCUUCGAAGCUCUACCCGCCCUGAUCAGUCAAUCAAUUCGACUCUACUCGAACUCGGAAGAGUAACUCUCAGUUCUCCACUUCCUCCAGGAUUGGUGCUCACUACCACCAUACCAUCAAACCACUACCUAACCCACUACCCACAACCCACAGUCAAUCGGACUCGGCGCAUGCAAACCCAAACCAACAACCCAUCCACCACGGUCCACAAUUUUCGCCGCCAACCCUCCGAACCUUUUUCCCUGAAUAUCUGAACACGAACCACCGGAGGCAAAGAAAAUGGCGCACUCCAAACGCAACACCUCCCUCCCGCACUUCACGGCGUACGAGCGCUCCCUCCUCCGCUCCGCCUGGGGCACCAAGCGCAGCGUGAUCGGCCGCGACUCCUUCCUGCCGUUCGGGUCGUGCCGGCUGUGCCUCCGCCCGGCGCGCGCCCCCGUCGUCGCCUGCGCCACGGCGGGUGACCUGUUCUGCCGCGAGUGCGCUAUCAGCGACCUGCUGGCGCAGCGGCAGGAGAUCAAGCGGCUGGAGAAGUCGCGCGAGGAGGCGCGGAAGCGGCUGGCGGAGGAGGAGGCGCGCGCGCUGGAGGAGGUGAAGGGGCGGGAGUUGCGGGAGUUUGAGCGGGUCAGUAUGGGGCUCGAGGCCGCGGGUGCUUCCGGGGGGAGUGGUGGGAAUAAGAGGAAGGUUGAGGAGGCUAACCGGGAUGCUGUCGAUGGGGAGGGGAAGAGGAAGAAGGUGUUUGCGUUGGAUGAGAAGGUUGUUGCCAAGGUUGCGAGGGAGGAGCAGGAGAGGUUGAGGGAGGAGUUGAGGAGGGAAAAGGACGCGAAAUCCGCCCUACCUUCGUUUUGGGUCCCGAGCUUGACGCCUUCGACUGACCCGGAUGAGAUCGCUGCGAAUAAGACGGUCAAGUUGACACCCAUCUGUCCCGCUUCCACGGAGACGAAUAAGCAUGGAUACUCGCUCAAGGCAUUGGUGGAUGUGCAUUUCACCGAGGAGAAGGGCUCCCGGGGUGAAACUACGAGGGUGUGUCCUAGUUGCAAGAAGACGUUUACGAACGGGCUGAAAGCUAUGUUAACCAAACCCUGUGGACAUGUCAUUUGUCAACCCUGCGUCAACAAAUUCAUGACCCCCCACGACGCGCCAGAUCCGCACGCCACCAAGGAGGAACAGGACCAGACCGCGGCGCUACACGGCCGGAUCCUUUGCUAUGUCUGCGAGACGGACAUCACUCCCGAGACGAAAGGGUCUGCGAGCGCGAGUAAGAAAAAGAAGAAGGAUAAGGAGGUGAUCUCGCCCGGGUUGGUCGAGAUUAGUUCGGAGGGGACGGGCUUUGCUGGGCGGGGCGGGAAUGUGGCGACAAAAGAGGGGGUCGCUUUUCAAUGCUGAAGCUCGCUGAAGUUCAUUGCAUGGGAGCGAGAAGUCGGGUUUCUCCGAGUGUACUGUACAUUAUAGAUUUGGAGUGGAGCACCGGGGAUACACAGCUUGGAGAAAGGGAGCUGUUUUUUGACAAACCAAAAAUCAUAUACAUGUCCGACAUUCGAAAAGCCGCGC